CCACGCCCACCUUCCCCCACAAACAGCGCAUCUGAUAGCGGAACUGCUGGCUAAAUAACAUAAGCAGUUCCUUGUCCAAACAAGUGACCCGUUCAACAUACACGGCUGGGUUUGAUUUCUGUUUUUUAUUGCUUUUGUGCUAUAGUGAGGCUAUUUUAUUUUUCUUCGGGGUAGGUUGGAAUUGUGACUCAUGCUGCAGUAAUCUAGAUUUGUAGAGAAAAGGUUGAACAGGAGUGAGAAUAUGGGGUCUGAUGAGGCCUACAACUUUGUUUUCAAAGUGGUUCUGAUCGGAGAAUCUGGCGUGGGCAAGAGCAACCUGCUGUCACGCUUUACCAAAAAUGAGUUCAAUCAUGACAGCCGCACAACCAUAGGAGUGGAAUUCAGCACAAGGACUCUGCAGCUGAACGGCCUCACCAUCAAAGCUCAGAUCUGGGACACAGCCGGGCUGGAGCGGUACCGGGCCAUAACCUCUGCAUAUUACCGUGGCGCAGUUGGGGCUCUUCUGGUCUAUGACAUUUCAAGGCACUUGACCUAUGAAAGCGCCGAGCGUUGGCUGAAGGAACUUUACGAUCACGCAGAUCCUCAUAUCGUGGUGAUGCUCGUGGGAAACAAAACAGACCUGUCUGCCUUACGUUCUGUUCCGAUGGAGGACGCGAAGGACUUUGCAGAAAAAAAUGGUCUUCUGUUCAUGGAAACGUCAGCCUUGGAGUCAACAAACGUUGAAGCAGCAUUCAACACUGUCCUUACAGAAAUCCAUAAAAAAGUGAGCAGCAAAGAAGUGACUCGAGGGUCUAUAAGUGCAGUGACACUGUCUCAACCUAAAUCUCCAGCCGCAGAUGCACUGGAGGAGAAGAAGCCGUGCUGUAAGAACAUCUAAUAGAACAGCCUGAUGGAAGGACGUCACAAGGGUCCUCGUGGAAGUGUAAAUUCAGGGUGUAGAACAGAUGAAUUGCGUAUAAAUAACACGCGCGUUGCAUUAUCGUGAAAUACGUACGCCAAAGUUAGAUUUUUUGUGUAUGAUACGCCUAUUUUUGCGUGCAUAUGAUACGCCAAUUUAACGCGCGUGCAUAUUAACCGGCAAUUUGUCUUAUUAACCUGUCCCCUAACCCAAACCCUAAACCUAAUGUUAGCGUGCGUGCAUAUUAUAACCUCUACCCUAACCCAAACCCUAAACCUAACAGUAUUAUUUUCAUGAUUUCAGUGUUUCCUCUUCAUGUAGGCCCUACGUUUCAAAAUGGCUGCCCUCCAGUGAGGUGCACGCAAACAUUGGCGUAUCAUAUGCAAGCAAAAUCUAACUUUGGCGUACGUAUUACACGAUAAUGCAACAGCGUGUUAUUUAUACGCAAUUCACGAGACCGGGUUGUGUGGAUCCCGUGUCGAUGAAGUUCAAAUGAAACGAUAAAGUUCAAUGAAGGUCGAAUGGAAAGCUAAACCAUUUCAUUGGCUGACAUAGCCGUAUAUGUAUUCUGAAAUAUUAUAAUUAAAAGGCAUUUUUAUGUGUUUGUCAAAUUUGGCGAGGAUAUACGCCAAUUGUAGAUAAUUUUUUCCAUGUUUCUUAUUUCUUUGCAAAAUGAAGACUUUUUUUGUUUUUGUAGAUUUUAUUUAUAAAAUGUCAUGCUACUUUCCUAAUAUCAAUUGAUCUUUUUUAAAUCAAUGAGUGUGAUGCACAUUCAUGCACACAAUUUUGCUUUUGCACACACAAUUAAACGCUGUAUUCAUUUACUUUCACUAAUUGAAAAUGACUUUUAAAUUGUAUGUUCAAGCAAAGUGCAAAUUUUUAUAAACCAAAUGAACAUGUGACUUUUUGAUGGGGUGUUAUUGCCAUUGUGAUGAGGUGAUCUCUGAUGCUAAACGUAUUGUCAGUUACUGAUACAGUUUGAGGAAAAAUUUGAAUAUUUUCCUAUGCAAAAGCAGUGACACUUUCAUCAGUCCAGC